AUGCGACGAGCGAGGAGAACCCUCGCGUCGUCCACGUGGCGUUCGAUCCGCUCUUGGCAGAGGUGGAGCAGCAGCACGACGACCGCGCGUGCGAGUGGUGGCUACGCGCGCCUGCACGGCGCGCGGAAGCCGUUCCGCGUACACUCCGACGACCCGCGGAAGCGCCACCUGCACGGCGAAGGCGUGGGCGUGGGGGACGAGGAGGCGGACGACGGGACGCUAGAGGGGAGCGAGCUGGCGGAACAACUUGCUGCAGCUGAGGGAGUCCUCACCCCCCUCGCCCUUCUUCUUCUGCCUCCCGCCGCCCUCGCGUUCCAUCACAAUCGACUUCCCAACGCACUCCACCCUCCGUGUCCCGUCAGCCCGUCCAAUCGCACGUACCAUCGCAUGUCCCGUCGAUCCCUCUUCAGGUCCUUGUUACCGUUCCCUCGCUCUCUCCCCCCCCUUCCCGUCGCCCUCGCUCUCUCCCCUCCCUCUCCGUCGCCCUCGCUCUCUCCCCUCCCUUCCCGUCGCCCUCUUUCUCUCCCCUCCCUUUCCGUCGCCCUCGCUCUCUCCCCUCCCUUUCCGUCGCCCUCGCUCUCUCACCUCCCUUUCCGUCGCCCUCGCUCUCUCACCUCCCUUUCCAUCGCCCUCGCUCUCUCACCUCCCUUUCCGUCGCCCUCGCUCUCUCACCUCCCUUUCCGUCGCCCUCGCUCUCUCCCCUCCCUUCCCGUCGCCCUCUUUCUCUCCCCUCCCUUUCCGUCGCCCUCGCUCUCUCACCUCCCUUUCCGUCGCCCUCGCUCUCUCACCUCCCUUUCCGUCGCCCUCGCUCUCUCCCCUCCCUUUGCGUCGCCCUCGCUCUCUCACCUCCCUUUCCGUCACCCUCGCUCUCUCCCCUCCCUUUUCGUCGCCCUCGCUCUCUCACCUCCCUUUCCGUCGCCCUCGCUCUCUCCCCUCCCUUCCCGUCGCCCUCGCUCUCUCACCUCCCUUUCCGUCGCCCUCGCUCUCUCACCUCCCUUUCCGUCGCCCUCGCUCUCUCCCCUCCCUUUCCGUCACCCUCGCUCUCUCACCUCCCUUUCUGUCGCCCUCGCUCUCUCCCCUCCCUUUCCGUCGCCCUCGCUCUCUCACCUCCCUUUCCGUCGCCCUCGCUCUCUCCCCUCCCAUUCCGUCACCCUCGCUCUCUCCCCUCCCUUUCCGUCGCCCUCGCUCUUGUCGAAAUAUAUGGAUAUCAUUAUCUAG